AUGAAGUUGCUCUCGAUCAACGCUCUCACGCUAUGCACUCGCGACAUGCGGAGGAGCUGCGGCUUCUACUCCAAACUCGGGCUGACGGCGACGUUUGGCGGGCCAGACGCCGAAUUCACAACCUUCUCGGCCGAAGCACCCGUCACGGCGGCGACGAAUCGGCUGCACGUCAACCUUGUCCACGCGCCUGCCUACCUCCCGCCUCCGCCGCAGCGGGGCGUGCCUGGAGGAUGGGGCAGGGCCGUCAUCUUUGUGGACGACAGCGCUGCUUCCACGUGA